GACCCGGCAGAUGGGGAGAAGUUCUCCGAUGAAGGCAACGAGGGUGACUCGGAACAAUGGUCAGACCUAGAAAACGAUGACUACGACGCCGAGGUCCUUCUCUCAGAGCAUAUCGAAAAAUACUUGGCCAAAGCCAUUGCCGAAAAGGACUACUCCUCUUCCACCCUGAACUCCAUCCUGGAAGAGAUCUUCGGUGUCAAUGGCGAGCGUUUUCCUCGACGAGGAGCCCGAGCGCGACCCAAGGCAAUGGGAGAUGAUGAUACCGGGGAACAUAAGAUCGUGCUCGGCUACUACACCUAUGGCAACAUGCGGGGGAUCUGUGCAAAUACCUCUAAGUUUGCUUCCCUCUGUCUGUACCUCAAAGAGUACUUCCUGGACAAGGACCCUUCCGCGAGGUGGAGUUCUAUUUCACUUGCUCUGAAUUGCAAGCCGGUUGUGCACACAGACCACAACAACCUAAAGGGGACCCUCAACUACCUCACGGCGACGGGAUCCUUUACAAAGGGCGGUGGUCUAUGGCAUGAAGAUUCCUCCUCUACUACCAGCACACCGAUGUUCAUGAAUGAUGCGAAGGGGCGCCAGGUGAAGGGUGUUGUUUCUUCGUCCAGGGACAAAGUAGUGACCUUCUUUGCUGACAAGAUGCACAGCGCCGAGCCCUGGGACGGAGGGAACAGAUGGGAGAACGCCGACGUCUACGCCAAUGGGGUUUUCAGCUUCAUGACCUACGACAUCUAG